AUGCGUUACACCAUUGCCAUCGCUGCCUUCGCCGGCCUCGCUGCCGCUGCCCCCAGCUACAACGCCUACCCAGCCUACCCUGAGGUUCCGGCUCCCGCUCCCUCAUCCGAGCCUUGCUCCACUGAGGUUCCUCACCCCGCUACCUCGGUCCCCGCCUACCCGGCUGAGACCCCCAGCCUUCCUCCUACCUACCCGGCUGAGACCCCCAGCCUUCCUCCCACCUACCCUGCGGAGACUCCCAGCCAGCCUCCCAAGUACCCGGCUGAGACCCCCAAGGUCCCCGUUCCCCAGCAGAGCCAGCCUCCUACCUACCCUGCCGAGACCCCCAAGGUUCCCGUUCCUCAGCAGAGCUACCCCGCUGAGACCCCCAAGGUCCCCGUUCCUCAGCAGAGCCAGCCUCCCAAGUACCCUGCCGAGACCCCCAAGGUCCCCAGCCCUGACACCACCUCUUGCUUGAGCUCCACUACCAUCACCGUCACCGUCCCCUACCCCACCGGUACUGGUGUUCCUCCUUCUCCCUACGUUCCUGGCAAGCCUUCUGUCCCUGUUGCUCCUUACCCAUCCAGCCCAGCUGGCGGUGCUCCCUACCCAUCCGUCCCUGCCGGUACCGGUGUUCCCCCUGCCGCUGGCACUGGAUACCCCACCAAGACCGGUGGCUACGUCAAGCCUUCCGCUCCUCCUGAGUUCAGCGGUGCCGCCUCCGCUCUCAACGUCGGUGGCUUCGUUGCUGGUGUUGGUGCUUUCGCUGCUUUCUUCUUGUAA